AUGAGUCAAGACUUUGAUAUCACACAGGUAUACCUUAAGUUCUUGGAGGACGACCAGGACAUGACGAUGCCGAUUGCGGCCAUCGAGUCACUUGUGACGAUGCUCCGGAUCAAGCAGCCAUCCACAUCUUCCGAGUUGAUCAACUUGGUCAAAUCCAAUACCGAUAAGUUAAAAAGCUCCAUCUCCAACGCCAUAUCACUUUCUGCCGGUUGUGAUUUGUUCAUGAGAUUUGUCUUGAGAAACAUCAACUUAUACUCCGACUGGGAGUCAUGCCGAAGAGACUUGGUGGAAAAUGGAGAACUCUUUGUCCAAAGAGCAAAAGAAUCCCGAUCCAAAGCCGCUCAGUUUGGACUCCCGUUCAUAAAAGACGACGAUAUCAUUCUUGUCCACUCCUUCUCGAGAGUGGUGUACCAGAUGUUGCUUAUGGCCAAGAAGGAAAAGCUCAUUCGGUUCCGGGUCAUUGUUACCGAGUCCCGUCCUAGUGAAAAGGGUUACCAUAUGGCAUCACUCUUGAGAACAGCAGGAAUCCCUGUGGAAGUGAUUGUGGACAAUGCUGUGGGCUACGUGAUACACAAAGUCGACAAAAUCAUUGUGGGGGCGGAAGGGGUGGCGGAAAGUGGUGGGAUCAUCAACCAUAUCGGUUCGUAUCAGAUUGGAUGCUUGGCCAAAACCAACAACAAACCCUUUUACGUGGUGACAGAGUCCCAUAAGUUUGUCAGAUUGUUCCCGUUGGCACCGGACGACUUACCUAACCAGAUUAGUCCGGUGUUAUCGGCCACCAAUAGUAGUAUCAAUGCAAUUCUUGAGUCUGAAUCCGAUAACCCCAAGAGUCUUCUCAGCAUCCAGCAAAUCGACUUCACCCCCCACGAGUUCAUCACCGCGUUGAUCACCGACUUGGGAGUCUUGACCCCGUCGGCGGUGUCGGAAGAAUUGAUCAAAAUAUGGUAUGAUUAA